AUGGAGAACUUGACGAAAAAGGGGAUCAAGUGGAAGCCGAAGUCCACAUUCGGUAAAAGCAACUAUUGGAAAAGGCAUUAUGUGGUCUAUGGGCACGAUGGAUCACUCAAUAUUGAGGCUGUCAUUGAACAUUGGUUUGGUGUAUGUACUCAUUUUGUUGUCGACGUGGUUGUCAAACAAAAUUUGGGUGCGGACACAUGGAUUCAAUCCAACAAUCAGAGUGUUAGCGGAACAUUAACGCCGCGUCGCCCAAGUGAGUUGGACAAUUUCGAGAUAGAUGAUGAGGUUGACUUGUUGCAGACAUUCUGCCCCCAUAAUGAUAAGGUAUUCAUGUCGGAGUCAUGGGCAAGUGGGAUCACUCAUAUAGGACAGCAUUUUAAAGAUGGCGCAGCUGAAUUCCGCAAUAUGUUGCGCAAAUACGUUAAUGAACAUACCUGUGGUGUUGCUGUACGCACGUCCACAAAUCGACUUGUUGGAUCUGACCUGGUGGCCGACAUCAUGGUAAAACGGAUACGUGACAAGCCGCUCACACGUCCAACCGAAGUUAUACUUGACAUAAAACAAGAUUACAGUCUGGACAUAACUUACCGUGUGGCGUGGCUUGGGGUUGAAAAAGCAACGGGGGAACUAUUUGGUGCGCAUUCAAUUUCAUUCGAUCAGUUGUGGUGGUACAGUGUUGUUGUGAUGGAACACAACCUCGGCAGUUACGUUACCCUCGAGCACGAUGAACACACCCACUGGUUCACAAAAUACUUCAUAUCUUUCAAGGCAUGCAUCGAUGGGUUCACCCACUGUCGUCCACUCUUUUUCCUUGAUGUCACAUUCCUCAAAGGUUGUUUCAAACGAUUUUUACUAGCAGCCACUGCGAAGGAUGACAACCAAGCGUUCGCUGUGGUUGACUCCGAGAACACGACAAACUGGUCGUGGUUUCUACAAAACCUUGCACAUGUUCUAAAUGGGGACAGACCACUCACAUUCAUUUCAGAUAAGAACGCCAGGUUACUGGAAGCAAUGCCAACUGUUUUCCUUAAUGCGGAACAUGCUUUCUGUUUGCAGCAUUUGCAAAGAAAUCUGCGUGACAGGUUGCGUUAUACAAACAGUAUGCACCGGGCUAGGUUGGUGAACAAAUUACGCCACUACGCAUAUGCACCAACGGUUACCGCGCUCAAUGAUAAACUCGAACAAUUCCACAAAUCAGGCCGCGGUGUUACAUCCGAAUUUCUUGCUACCACACCACCACAACAUUGGGCUAAUGCAUUUUUCAGGGGAAGACGGUAUGGCGAGAUGUGCUCAAAUGCUGCAGAAUCAUUCAACUCAUGGAUACGGGAGGCUCGUAAUCUGCCAGUCACCAGGAUGGUUAACAGCAUUAGAGCCAAAAUAAUGCGUCAAAUGUCAAAGCGUAGAGAUCCAUCCCAAUCAUGGACUGGUACAAUAUGUCCAAAAAUAGAGUCCCGUUUGGAGAAAACUUUCAACAAAGGCAGGUCAUGGCGAGUCAGCCAAUCAAAUGUAGACGUAUACAAGGUCCACUCAUUCCCUUCGGUUACAGUCAACAUUGGCACCCAAACACGUUCAUGCUUCCAGUGGCAACUUAAUGGGUUCCCCUGCGCACACGCGAUGGUCGCCGUUAGGAAAAGCGGUCGUGAUUUGAACGAUCUUGUAGCCUACUUCCAUGUGUCAGAAUACCGUUCGACUUACGUCGUAAGUAUCUUCCCAAUUCCAACCAUGGAACAACUACCGUUUGAUCUGCAUAACUACCUCAUCAACCCCCCCGUUGUCAAAUGCCCUCCUGGUAGGCCAAAGAAGAAGCGGAUACUAUCAAGGGGUGAGCAUGUAUAA